AGCUGUUCCGCUACAGAUGAUUCGUCCCGGAUCUGCGCUGGUCAAGGGCGGCAAGCCCAGGAGAACGCCACCCGGAGCCGCUGGACAGAUUCUCACCGCCGGCAAAAAGGUAUUGAAGCAUUGAAUUCAUCCAUCGAGAAACCACCCACAUGCAAAUCCAUGUCUGUGUGCAUCGCGCCGUCUUGAUGUUGGCUGCUCAGACGGAUGUGAAGAAGCCCGAGCUGUUGGAGUUCAUCGAGCGUCAUGACUACACGGGCGCCACGACGCUGCUGGAGUUCGAGAGGAAGGCACGUGAGGAGCGGCCCAACGCGCUGCUGUGGCUGGGGUACGCCGCCUUCCACAAUGGCGACUACCGCAAGGCACUCGACGCCUAUGAUGAGUACCUCAGGUGAACUCAUGAAUGAGCAUGUGCCUGUCCGUGGAUGGAUGGAUGGACAGAUGGGCACCUGCAUCUCUCCCUCUCUCCCUUUCUCUCUGUUUCUUUGUUUCUCCGUCUGCCCAUAUCUUUCCCCUCGUGCAGGUCGCCGUCUUUGCAUCAGCAGAGGGCAGCCGGCGAUGUGCACGUGUACCGCGGCUGCUGUCUGUACGCCCUCUACCGGUACAAGGAGGCCGAGGAGGCCGCCAAGAAGGGCACCGAGGGCUCACUGCGGACACGGCUCUUGUUCCACAUCGCACACAAAGCCAACGACGAGAAGAAAAUGGUGCGCGCACGGUGAUGACUGACAGAGAGAGAGAGAGAGAGGGAGAGAGAAAGAGAAAGGGAGAGGGGGGGUUGUGUCUGUAUGGGUGUAGGUUGAGCUGCAUCGUCAGCUGCAGAGCAGCACGGAGGAUCAGCUGUGCCUGGCGGCCAUUCAGUACCUCAGGAACCACUACCAGGUAGGUGCCUCUCACACACACAUAUCGAUGGAUGGAUGGAUGGAUGGAGGGCUGGAUGUGGUUUAUGUUGUGUGUGUCUAGGAGGCGACUGAGAUCUACAAGCGUCUGUUGAUGGAGAACCGGGACCACCUGGCGCUCAACGUGUACGUGGCCUUGUGCUACUACAAGCUCGACUACUUCGACGUCGCUCUAGAGAUACUUCACUCAUACACACAGGCAGGACAGGCACCCAACCAACACCGACCCGACAUAACAUGGCAGACAGACACGGAUGGAUGGAUGGAUGGAUGAGUUUCAUCCAUUCUCGUUGAUCUGUCUGUCCGUCUAUCUGAGUGCAGGUGCACAGCGAUUCCAUCACGGGCAUCAACCUCAAGGCCUGCUGCCACUUCCAACUCUACAACGGCAAAGCAGCCGAACAGGAACUCAAAGUGAGCGCAUCUCUGGACAGCCAAACCCCCCACCCAUCCCUCUCUCCCUCUCUGUCAGGCGUUGUCGAAUGCAGCAGAGGCGGGGACGGUCCUGCAGGACAGCGACAUACUCAGGUGUGCAAUCGUGUACGGCUGCGGAUGGAUGGAUGUCUGGAUGGAUGGAUGGAUGGACACGUGUGUCUUUGUGCCCACCAUGAAUGUAUGUGCGUAGGCACAAUUUGGUGGUGUUUCGCAACGGCGACAAUGCGCUGCAGGUGCUGCCCGCGCUCGUAGACGUCAUACCUGAGGCACGGUGGGCACACGGACAGGCAGACAGACAGACAGACAGGCAGACAGACAUCCGUGUAGACGUGUAUCAUUCAUAGGAUAUGGAUGGAGGGAUGGGUGGGGUGCAGGUUGAAUUUGGUGAUAUAUUACCUGCGGACAGAGGAGUACCAGGAGGCCUUCCAGCUGCUCAAAGACAUGGAACCAAACAUACCCAGGUACGUAGGGACGUGCCCGGGUGCCUGCACGCAUCCAUCCAUCCAUCCAUCCAUCAUAAGACACCUGAACACAUGUAUGUAUGUGUUGGCUGGACCGCUGUAUAUAAUCGAUGGCAGGGAGUAUGUGCUCAAGGGCGUGGUGUACGCCGCCCUCGGCCAGAAGAACGAAUCACGGGAAUACAUACGACUCGCACAACAGGCACGCCACACACACAUCCGUCAUGCCAUCCAUCAUGCCAUCCGUCCGGCCCAAUGAAUCAUUUGACCCACCGCGCACUGAUACGUAUCUGUCUGUCUGUCUGUCUGUUGCAUGCAUGUGUCACUCAGUUGUUUCAACUGGUGGGUGCGGCGGCGACAGAGUGCGACACGAUCCCCGGCCGGCAGUGCAUGGCUUCGUGCUUCUUCCUACUCAAACAAUUCGACGACGUCCUGGUACGCGCAGCCGUCCGCCCACCCACAGCCCCACAGACCAGACCCACAGUCAUGUGUCUGGCCAGACACACAUCACAUAGACGCGCCCGCCUGUCUGUCUGUCCUGAUUGAUGUCUGUCUGUGUGCACGUGGCCUUGUCCAUCCAUCCAUCUGUGUGCUGUGUGUGUGUAGGUCUAUCUGCGUUCGAUCCGCGGCUACUUCACCAAUGACGACGACUUCCACUGGAACUUCGGCAUUGCGUGUGCGGCGGCUGGCGAGUACAAGGAGGCCAAGGACAGCCUCAUGGCCGUUCAGUCCGACAAGUGAGUGAGUGAGUGAGCAAACUGGCACAGCACAUCCAUGGGGGGGGAUUGACGUGCGGGGUGCUUUGGCUCCUUUCGUGUUGUUGGCUGCCAGGUAUCGCAGUGAGUUCUGCUACGUGAGCUGGGUGUGUCGGUGCCACAUCAUGUGCGGGGAGCCACAGAUGGCCUGGGAGGUAGGUCAGCCAAGCAGUCCAGUCAGCACACCACCAACACCACCAACACCACACCCACUAAAUGGGUUCAUAGAUAGAUGGAAGUAUGGCUGGCUGGAUGCAGACGUAUUCCCGCUUGGAGGGUUCGAGCGACGCCUUCAACCUGCUGACCAUCAUUGCCAACGACUGCUACAAAAUGGGACAGUUCUACUGGUCUUGCAGGGUGAGUCAGUGAGUGAGUGAGUGAGUGAGCACCACGGUUGGUGCCCAAUCAACACACGCAUUGUUUGUGGCUCUGUUUCCUCCGUUCUGUUCUGCUGUCCGUCCGUCAGGCGUUCGACGUGUUGGAGCGGUUGGAUGCGGACCCCGAGUAUUGGGAUGGCAAGAGGGGCGCCGCUGUGGGCGUCUUCCAACAGGUCAUUGCCGGCAGGUAGCUACAUCAAUGACAUGACCAAAUACACACCAACGAACGAACGAACACCCAUACGAGCAGAAGGCGCGUACCAAACGGUGACCUCUCUCUCUGUGUCUGCGUGUUGUGUUGUGAUGCACACAUAGGGAGACGCCAGAGCGUCUGCAGGAGGUGGUGUCUCUGCUGCGGUCCACAAACAAUCCUCAGGUAAAACGGACUUAUACAUAUUCCUCGGCCCAUCCAUCCAUCCAUCCAUCCAUCCAUCCAUCCAUCGGUGGGCGAUGUGUGUGUGGUGCACUGCCGUGUGGUGCCGUCUUAGGUGGAGUACAUGAUCAACAAGGUGAUCAAGAAGUGGGCCAAGGAGAACCGAGUCAACCUCGACCUAGACUAG